AUGACAUCAUCAUCUGUAUCAUCUCUGAGAUUACUACAUAGUCACAAACACGUAGAGUUUAUUAAAAACAGCAGUCUGGACACGGAAACCAUAGAGUACGCUUUAACCGAACACUUACGGUUGAGUGGAAUGUAUUGGGGACUGACGGCACACAAAUUGUUGGUGAUGAAUAAAAACAAUCAAGAAGACAAAGAAGUUAAAGAAGAAGAAGAAGAAGAAAUAAUGAGCAAAGAGGACGUGAUGAAAUUCAUAAACGAGUGUUACGACGAGAAAUCGUCUCUGUUCGCCGGCGCUCCCGGACACGACGGACAUUUGUUGUACACUUUAAGCGCGAUUCAGAUUUUCGUGUUGUAUGAAUGCGUGCAGGAACAGUUGAGCGAAGAAAGAGCGAAGAAAAUAUGCACGGCGAUUUCAAAGUUACAGAGUAAAGAAGACGGGAGUUUUGCAGGGGAUGAGUGGGGAGAAGUGGACACGAGGUUUUCCUACUGCGCGUUUUCCGCGCUGAGCUUAUUAGCGCACGGCAUGGGAGAGGAGUGUUUUCUCGACGACGGUUUGGAAGCGCUGAAAAUAGGAGGUAGCGACGAUGAAAAGAAGGAGGAUAAUCAGGACAAAAAUAGGAGCAAAGCUUUAGGAAUUAUGCGUAAAAUAGUCGACGUCGAUAAAGGGUGCGAGUUUAUAAUGAAAUGUAGAAACUUUGACGGUGGGUUUGGGUCCACUCCGGGCGGCGAAUCUCACGCCGGGCAGAUUUUCGUAUGCGUAGGCGCGUUGCAGAUUUGCAAUCAGUUGGAUUUAUUAUACACAGCAGACGACGACGAGGAAGAAGAGAACGACAAGUUAGCGUGGUGGUUAGCCGAACGACAAGUGAAAGUGGGUGGUUUGAACGGACGUCCGGAAAAGUUACCGGACGUGUGUUACUCGUGGUGGGUGUUGUCUUCGCUCGCCGCGCUGAAGAAAAAACACUGGAUCGAUUUAGAUAAGUUGAAAGCGUUUAUAUUGAGGUGUCAAGACGAUAUCAGCGGGGGUAUUUCGGAUCGUCCGGACGAUGAACCGGAUGUUUAUCACACGUUCUUUGGUAUCGCUGGAUUAUCUCUGAUGAAACACGAAGGAUUAGAAGAAAUUGACCCGAUUUACGCGUUGCCGGUGAGGAGCGUUCGGAAGAUUGGGAUCGAAAGCGAUUGGUAUUAG